CAGCAGCGCAAGAAAACAACAACAAAAAUUCAAAAAAUUCCAAAGGAACCUGAAGAAUUGAAAGCCAAGAAAAAGGCAAAGUGUGAAACGUUCAGGUUAACUACGACUACGUCUCUGACUUCAAUUCCAACACCAGCUUCGACUCCAACAACAACAACGACUCCAACUUCGAUUCCGAUUCAGUCUGCGAUUCAUUACGAAAAAAUGCCAAUGAAUUUGAUGGUUGGCGUGGUGGAAAGUGUUGAGCCUAGUGAUAUGAUGGCAUCAGACAACGAAAAUGAGCAGCAAACGGAGCAGGUACCGUUGGUAAAUGCCACCGGCAAUAGCAGUCGACGCAAUCUGGCCAAAAUUGUUGCCGCCGUCGAUUGUCGCCUACAAAUUGAAGUCGAUUCGCCGCCGCCGCCGACAACUACAACCGCAUCAGCCACUGCAAUCGAAAUUGCAGAGGCAGCCAGCAACAAUCCAGUAACAACGAGCAACCAGACGUCAUCCUCUUCGUCAUCGUCGUCGUCGUCGUCGUCAUCAUCAUCAUCUUCCAGCUCAACAUCCUCAGAGUUUACACAGACAUCACAAACAACUAUACCAAGUACGGAUAAUCUAACAUCAUCAACAAAUAUGGUCAAAAGCAUCUUAGUUGAUGCCAAAAGUGCUCCGGUGGCAUCUUUGGAUUAUCCUUUUAUCAACUCGUCAUCAUCACAUAAGCCAACAGAUAUGCUGUCAAAUCACCACAACACCCAACAGCACAAUAAUCACCCACAGGCACAGCAGCAACAUCAUCAUCAUCAUCAUCAUCGCCAGCAGCAGCACUCGACCCAGCAACAACAACAACAACAACAACCAACGCUUCAGUUGACAUUUCAGAAUUUAAACGUCUUUCACAAUGAACGCAAAAUACUUUCCGAUGUGAGUGGAUUAGUCAGUCCUUGCGAAGUUUUGGCCAUAAUGGGACCCUCGGGUAGUGGUAAGACCACACUCUUGGACUGCCUCAGUGGCCAGCGGCAUUUCGAUAGCGGAAGUGUUUACUUGAAUCGAGAGCCCUUAUCAAAGAAAUGGCGACGUCGCAUCGGAUAUGUCCUACAGGAGGAGAUCUUCUUUCCCCAACUGACACUGAGGGAGACGGUGAUGUAUACGGCUCUACUAAGGUUACCCGAAUCGAUGGCACGUGUUGAGAAAAUGCGUCUGGUUGAUCAUAUACUGGAGACCCUGGAAUUGACCUGCUGCCAGCAGACCAAGUUUGGGGACUACAUGAAUCGUGGUCUCUCUGGGGGCGAGAAGAAGAGAGCGAAUAUUGCCUGCGAGUUGCUGACGAAUCCGUUGCUCAUGCUCUUAGAUGAGCCCACCUCCGGCCUUGACAGUCAUUCGGCCAUCUCACUGAUGAAGGUGCUCAAACGCUAUGCCCAGCUGGAGCAGAAAACCAUUGUGAUAAGCGUACAUCAGCCUUCAUCACAGAUGUUUCAUAUGUUUGAUAAGUUAUUGCUGUUACAUCAGGGCCGAACCGCUUACUUUGGCGAGGUGAACAACAUCUAUAGACAUUUUGAGGAUAUUGGAGUGACAAUUAAGCCCCACUACAAUCCCGCCGAUUUUGUCUUGGAGCAAUUGAAAUCGCAUCCAGAUAUUAGAGAGAAACUUUUCAUAGCCUCCAAAGAAACGCAGAAUGGCAACUAUUUGAAUCGGAAUUGCAUUCAAACCAAGCAGCAGUCCGACACUCUACUAAUUAAUGACAUUCUCAACAACUAUUACAAUCAGCACCAUCAUCAUCAACCGCAUCAUCAUUAUGAGAAUCUACAUCACAGCACGAAUGGCCAUGUGUGUCAUGUGGGUGAAACUGAAGAGGAGGAAGCUUCUCAGCAUUUAGUUUGGUGCGGUGCCGCCGAUUCGCAAUCGAACUUCAGUUCCUGUGCAUCCAGUGAUUGCAAUAGCUCUACCUCUUGCACCACAUCCUGCACUUCCACGGCCUUGUCGACCUCGGCUUCGUCUGGCAAUUCGCCAAACAAAAGGAAGAACAAGGCUAAUGACGAGGAUUGGCUAUCAUAUCCCACCCGCUUUCAUACCCAGUUCUGUGUACUAUCCAGCCGCAAUUUCAAGGAAGCCAAGCCGCGAAUGCUCUCCAAACUGAAUUGGUUUCAGACUAUUGGGCUGGCAUUGAUGGCCGGUGCUAUUUGGUUUCAAUUGCCACGCACAGAGGAGUUUCUGCAUGAUUUGCAGGGUUGGAUGUUCUUCUCGCAAACAUAUUGGAUGCUCUUUGCCCUGUUUGGGGCUUUGAAUUCAUUCCCCGCAGAGCGUGAGGUGAUUAGUAAGGAGCGACGUUCGGGUGCGUAUCGUUUGUCCGCCUAUUAUCUGGCCAAAAUGUGUGCCGAAUUGCCAUUGGUUAUAACGCUGCCUACUGUCUACCUCAUGAUUAGCUAUCCCAUGCUAGGAUGCACUAGUGUUAAGCUUUUCUUUCUGAUGCUCAUCUUCUUGCUGCUCAAUACAAUUGUGGCCCAGAGUGUGGGCUUUUUCAUUGGAGCCUGUUGCAUGGACAUGAAUGUAAGCAUAACCCUUAGUGCACUCUACACACUUGCCACACAGCUCUUUGGCGGCUAUCUAUCGUCACGCAUUCCGGAGGGUCUUAGCUGGAUACGUUAUACCUCGAUGAUACACUAUGCAUAUCAGAAUAUGCAAAUAUUGGAAUUUAGUGAGGGUCCACCCAUUAGUUGCGGUUCGCCUAGCAGCUACGAGAUAUGCAAACAGCAGACAAACGAAUUCAUUCCAUAUGAGGAAAUACUCAAAGCACAAAACUCAACAUCACCGCUCUGGCUGAAUACACUCAUAUUGAUGAUGUUCUUUCUGGUGUUCCGUUGCCUGGGCUAUGCGGUGCUUCGGUAUCUGCGAUGUCCCAAAAAGACGUGAAAAAAGAAAGAAAUCCGUGGACAAGAGAGAGAGAGAGAGAGAAAAGAAAAUGCAGACAACGAACCAGUGAUACGUAAUUGUUAUUUUCUUUUGUUGAACAAAGUUUUUGCGCCAAUUUUGUGAUUCAAGUUAUAUUCAAGCCACACAAUUAUAUACUAAAUAUAUAGAUAAAAAAAACUAUAUAUGUACAUAUAUCAUCGAUAUAUAUACAUACAUAUAUGUUAAUUACAUUUAGCUCAUGUGAAACGAGAUAAAUGUUUGUGUUGCAUUCUGUAAACGGCAAAUGUUGUUUUGUUUUAUGCGUAUUUUUUAAUUGUUAGCCAUUCAUUCUACAAUUAAUAUAGUUAUAUUUACCUAUAUAUAUAUUUCUAAUUAUUAUUACUGCGAUUUGCUAUGUGAAAUCCAAAUCAACAGAACGGAUUGCAAACAAACAAAAGUUUAAAGUUUUAAUGUUGCAUUUUAAAGGAAACAAAAGCGAGAAAAUGUCUAUUCAAUUACCACCAUAAACCACAAAAAUUUCUAUUAGUUUUUGUACAAUUUUCUUCAUUUUUUUCUUGCAAAUUUUUUUUUGUUUUUCACUUGGGAAAAUAUACUGUGAUUUAGUGUGCUAGUUUUUUAAUUAGUUUUAAAACCUAUGCCUAAAACAACAACAACAAAAACCACACACACAACAAGUAAAAAAAAAGAAACAAUAUACACUAUCAAGAAAUAUUUUUUGUAUAAAACAUAUUGCAUAAAUUGUAUUUUGUUUAUAUAUUAACUAAUUAUAUGUAAUUAAAUUUAUUUAAAAUAUACCAUAUAUGAAAUA